CACCUUCUCUUCGGAAACCUCCUUAAUCCCACAACACAUGGACAGACACAACCAUAAUUUGAAUGGGGAAAUGGUCAUCAUCUUAGACCUAGAUCAAGCUAAUUCUCUACGUGCAAGUGAACUCUUGGAAACUUGGUAGUCAAACAAAUGAGCCAUCAACAGGCACAUAGAGAUAAAACAACAAUUGCAGACCAUUGGAAACAAAUAAUGAAAAAGGAAGCAAAGAUGCCAAAACAUUCAUGUUGAGCAUCUAUUUUUAGUAGGCUUUUGAUCCCACUGAACAUCAGAUGCAUAGAAUUUAUAGAACCCAGCACAAUCUUUGUUGAAGAGGACAAUUGUUCUUCUUGUUGAUCUCUCACGUAACAUAAAAGAACAGUCUAUUCAGCCUUUAAAAUUGGGUUUAUUUGUGCUAAGAGUCCAACUUUGUGGUCUUUAAUAGAUUCUCUCCCGCUCCCCAAUAACAUUCUUACAGCAAAGACUGAGGCACUUGGUAUGGAAAAGCCUCAGAUCCUUUUAUAGUCAAAGAUAACCUGUAUGAAAGGAGCAAAAGCCAAAUAAACAUGAAUUAGAAAUUAGAAGGUUCAGCAGGUUAUUGAUUUGGAGCUCUUACAAAGCCACACAUCGCCUGGUGUGAUAGGCUACUUCAAUAUCCACUCAAAUGAUUGAAUUUCAAUUCAUACCUUGAGCCAACUAGAGAAAAUAUCAGUUUAUUACUGUUAGAGAGCACUAGGAUAUGAACAGUAGUUAUUCUACAUUGGUUGUUUAAACUCCGCCACCAUUCCAAAAAUCUAUUGCAUUUCCGUUGCUACUGGUAUGUUCAGAAUUCUCAUUUUCAAAUCUUCAAAUUCAAAACCCUAAGUCAAUCUGUCUGUCUCCCCCACCUCUCCUUCCCUCCCUCCCUUGCUCUCUCCCUUUUCCAGAAUAGGGUCAGUUACUACAUUCGUUCUGUGAAAAUGAGUGUCUAUCUGUCACUGUUGAUUGUGAUAUUGCUUAAGAUUGUCCAAAAUGCAGCUUCUGAACAGGCACCUCCUCAGGGCUUCAGAUAUGCCUCUUACGACGUGAUCAUCCCAAGGAAGCUGUCUCCCAGGUAUGGGCAAGAAGAACCCCAGGAUGUGAGCUACCUCCUGCCCAUUGAAGGAAAUCCCCAUGUGGUAUUCCUCAGGCAAAGAAGGAACUUCAUCCCUAAGGUCUUUCCUCUCUUCACCUAUAAUACAGCAGGAGAUCUCCAGGUGGACAAUCCUUUUAUCAAGGAUGAUUGUUUCUACCAUGGAUUUAUUCAGAGAAAGUCCCCUUCUCGAGUCACCCUCAGUACAUGUUCAGGAGGCCUGAGAGGUCUCAUACAAAUGGAAAAUAAGACCUAUGAAAUUGAACCAGUUCAGGAAUCUUCUACCUUUCAACAUGUGUUUCGGUUAGAAGUAGAGGAAGGGGCUCCCCGAAUGACUUGUGGAGUAAGAGAAAAACAACAGAGCCAUCAAGAAUUCAUUACUCCUGAAACACAGAAUCUUGGAAACAAAGAAGUUUUUGGAAAAUCCUGGUGGCCACAUACAAGAUAUGUUAAGGUAGCAAUUGUGAUUGAUCAUGAACGAUAUUUGAAGUUUCACAGCAAUGAAUCUUUUAUUACGAUGCAAGUUUUGGAUAUUAUUCACACUGCAAAUUCAUUUUAUGAUCCACUUUCUGUUCAUCUGUCAAUAACAGGCUUAGUGAUCUGGUCACAAAAAAAUCUCAUAGACAUUACCCAUAUAGCAGAUGACACACUUUUAUCAUUUAAUGAAUGGAGAACAAACCAUUUACUUGAUAUUUUAAAGAAUGAUGUUGCUCACUUAUUUGCUUAUAAAGAUUUUGGGUUAACAGUAGGACUUGCAUAUAUAGGUACUAUAUGUAACAAUUACAUGGCAAGUGCUAUUGAAUCCUAUAGAACCCCCAGUUUGUUUUAUAUGUCUGUCAUAUUUACUCAUGAACUGGGACAUGUUCUUGGAAUGCAGCAUGAUGAGCAAUUUUGUCAUUGUGAAAAGAGUGAAUGCAUUAUGGCAGCAUUUGCAGCAGAGACUGAUAAAUUUAGUAACUGCAGUUUCCAGGAUUAUUUCCAUUAUAGAAACACUGAAUGUUUAUUUGUCCCACCAGAGACUAACACAACAUUUAAGUUUGAAUCCUGUGGUAACAAAAGAGUGGAAAAGGGAGAGCAGUGUGACUGUGGGUCAGAAACACAAUGCAAGUCAGAUCCCUGCUGCCAAGGUAAUUGUACGUUGCGCCCCACGGCUGUUUGUGCCUUUGGACUGUGCUGUGCUAACUGCCAGUAUCGCCAACGUGGAACUGUUUGCAGAGAGAAGAUUAGGAGUUGUGAUCUCCCUGAAUAUUGCAAUGGGACUUCAGAGUACUGCCCAGAAGAUGUGCAUGUGCAAGAUGGUCCCGUGUGCAAUGAUGGCGUGUAUUGUUAUCAUGGGAACUGCACGACUCAUGAUAUGCAGUGCAAAAUGAUAUUCGGUAGUGGAGCAAGAGUCGCUUUUGAAGUUUGCUUUAGAGAAGUGAAUAAUAAAGGUGAUCGCUUUGGCAACUGCGGCCUUAAACAUGGAAAAUACAAGAAAUAUGAUACUGGGGAUAGCCUGUGUGGCCGUAUCCAGUGUAAAAGUGAAGAAAUUCCUUCUUUGAAGGAUCACACUACAAUAAUUCAUACUUCCAUUGAAAAUGAUAAUUGCUCUGGCACUGACUAUCACACUGGGAUGAAGGUAAAUGAUAUUGGAGCCGUGAGAGAUGGUACUCCUUGUGGCGAUAAAAUGUUGUGCAUUGAGGCUAGUUGUGUCAAUGUGUCCAUUCUGAAAUAUGACUGUAAUGUCAUAAUGUGCCACAAUCGUGGAGUUUGUAACACUCUCAAACACUGUCACUGUGAUGUUGGAUGGGCCCCUCCAGACUGCAGAAAUAGCGGCUAUGGAGGUAGCAUCGACAGUGGGCCACCUCCAGUUACAGUACUGUCUAAAGCUGAAAUGACAAUCUUUUCUGUACUUGCAAUACUCCUUGUUUUUGAUCUCACAAUUCUUUUUCCUGAUGUAGUUAUCUGGUUCAAGAAUGGGCUGAGAAACCCUUUUGGAAAUUUUCAGGGAAGAAUCCAUGCUACAGAAUCAAAAGAUGAAGGAACACCAGUGUAACUCAUCUUUGGUAAGAAUGAAAAACCCAUUCAGUAUAAGCCCAGGAAUUAACAGUCAAUUUGAAAAACAAAGACUUCCAAAAUUUCAUUGCUUAAAGUUGUCUCCCCAGACACAUUUUUUGAGGUUGAAUUUGGCUACUUUGGAGGGGAAGAAACCCCCAAUCUAUGUAAAGUAGAGUUAAAGCAAAUCUUUCAUUUCUAAAUAAUAAUAAAUAGUUUUAAUUUUAGAUCUCAAAACUUCAAGUUCAAAGUGGAAAGAAGAGAUAAUUCAGAGGCAGCUUGUCCCAGUGUGAUGGUUCCUAGUUUCUAUUAACUGGCAGAAAGUUGUAGUAGCAAGAAAGUGCAAUUAAAACCCACCAUCAGUUUUUUAUUACUUCUUCAUUUUUCUGCUGGAAUGUUUUUAUUCUCCCUAAGAUUUAAUGCAAUGAGUCAUCAUAAUAGAUUAACUAGUGUCUUCUCUCUGGAAGUCAGAGAAUUUAUUUUCAGGAUUAAUGAAAAACUGCUUGCUCCUAUCCUACCAAAGCCAUUGACUGAAAAAACUGCUACAUAUACAAUGAUAGGUGGCUUUCUCUGUAGCCCAAUAAAUACUUUUAUUAACCCUUCAGUAAACUCUUCAAUGAAUUUUAGAAUCAUCUGAAGCUGCUGAUUGAGUCUGCUUCUGGACUGACCUGCAGUGAUCAUCAAUCGGCCACUGAAGAGAACUCUCCAGAAUAGGCUUGUAAAUGAAGCAUGUAUGAGAUGCAGAUACAUUGACUAAUACACAGCUAUGCCAACAGUACAUUGGAUGUCAAGGAAAGAUCGAGAAGCAUUGUUGAUUAUAGGUAAUUUGGGCUGCCAACACAGCACUGCACAUCGAUCUUUCUCUAACUCUGUCCCAGUAAGAUUAAUGAUGAAAUUAUUAUGGACGUUUAGUAUUGUGGAGGCACUCAAUGACUACUGGAGAAAGACAUCUCCGACAUGGUCCUCUGUGUUAUUCAGUUAUAACUUUUCUCAUCAGUUCU